AUGUAUGGAAGAGUAAAAAAUUGGAUUCUCGUAACACUAUUACUUCUGCAUGCCAUCGUUACGGAAGCAAAAAUAAGAGAUGUGAAAGUUCCCGCAUUAAAUGAGACGCAAGUCCUGCACUCAGUUAACAAUACCAAGACUGAAAACAAAGCAAAAUAUGCUAAUCAGUUAAUGAAUGAAGCACAGAAAAUCCAGAUCAAAAAAACAAAUAAAAUAGAGGUCCAAACACCGGAUACAGCAUUGGUCAAAGAAGCAGAACUCGCAGCAGCGGAUAGAGAAAAACUGCAAAAAACGAAAACAACAAAGGUCAAAGCAAAUUUAAAACAAAAAAUUAGCGCUGAAGAAGCUGGAUUACCAAAUUCUGUAGACAACAAUGAUUUAUUCAAAGCAAAACGUUCGGCAGAUCUGAUUCCGGAGAAGUCAAUAGACGACUCACUGAAAAUUGACGCGUUGAAACGAAUGAUACUAAACAAAAUGCUAGUGAACAGUGAAAAGCGUAUGAAACCUGGAAAUGAUGGUGAUAGUGAUUACGAAUAUGAUUUACAAAUAUGCAAGAACUAUCUUAAACUUGAAUCAAAGAAAUUUGCGUUAGAAAAAUAA